AUGGAGGCUCAAAGCCAGACUCAAAGCCUAUCUGAAUGUAACCAGUGUGGUAAGAAAUUCCAACGCAAGGCACAUCUACUUCGACAUCAACAGCAACAUUCCGGUGUUCGACCAUUCAGCUGCAUAUUCUGUACCAAAACUUUCAAACGCAGCGAUGUUCUCCGAGACCAUUUCAGCAGAUGCGAACUUCGCGGAUCAGCCGCUAUCCCAGAUUCCCUAGAACGAGGGCGGAAACGACACGCUUGCAAUGAAUGCUCGAGGCUGAAAGUCAAAUGUGACAAUGAAGUACCAUGUCGCAAAUGCAAGGAAUUUGGAAGACGUUGUAUUAAAACUUGGGGUACCAGUAUGUUGUUGGUGUUCACUGAAAGAAAGUUUGCGAUAUCGUUAACAAUUUACUCAAGAUUCCGCUUCAUCGAUAAAAACUUCUGCAAGUCCGGAAAUGGCAGCUCCCCGAUCCUUAACACCCCAUCUACUACUCCGGAACCUACAUCAGAUCGAAAUUCCAUUGGCUUCCUAUUGAAUUUUCCAAAUGAGGCAGAGUUUAUGCGCGAAUUUCCAAAGGCUUCCACGGGAAGUAGCCCAAAGGAAAGAACUGCAGAAUACACAAGCUUGCUUCCUCAGAAUACGAUUCAGCCAUGGGCCCCAGGAGAUAUGAUGAACCAGAAUAUGGUAAAUUUUGGAUACACUUCGAGUAUGGAGGUGGACCAAAAUCUAGCCUUUCUCCACAAUUUGGAAUUCGACACAUUCGAAAGACAAACGCAUGAAUGGCAGUUACCUCAAGACAAUUUAAUUCCUUGGUCACCGGAUGGAAUGUUUAACGAUCGGAAUGUUCUAGAACAACGUGCCUACGAUAUACGGGAAAAGUUGAGAUAUGCUGCAAGCUCAAUGGUUGGACCCAAUGCUAUAUCCAAAGAAGUUUUGGAAGCAGUUGAGAUCAUAACUGCCGAUACUAUUGCUGCGUAUAUCAAAUUGUAUUUCAAGCAUUGGCAUCAUCAUGCACCUAUGGUUCACGAAGCUACAUUUAAUCCAUGUACAGCUGCAUUACCCCUGGUACUUUCGGUCAUGAGUCUUGGUGCAAUGUAUUCCAAACAGGCCGAUGAAGUAGCGAAGGGAAAGCUCCUCUUGGACAUCAUUGAAACCUACAUCUAUUCAAUAAAUGGAUUCAAUGACGAAUUCGACUUACCCGGUAGAACUUAUGCUGAGCGUACGAAAAACCUGUCCCAAGAAUGGUUACAAUACCAAUUAGAGGAAUUUCAAGGCGCGUAUCUCAUUGUGGUUGUGCAAUACUGGACGGGCAAUGAGAUAGCAAGGACGCGGGUGAGGCAACAACGCUUUGCAAAAUUAGUAUCAAUAUACCGCUACUUGGAAUUGAACAUCGUACAGCAUUCUCCUGGGUUUGUUAUCAAAGAUCAAGUUUCGUUUAGGGAUUGGAUUCGUAAAGAAUCGUAUAUCAGGACGGCCACUGUGAUGAUGAUGCUUGACAACGCAUUUGCAAUAUUCAACAAUCUCACUCCAAGACUUCAGUGGGCAGAGAUAGAUCUCCCAUUUCCUAGCAAUGAGGGGUAUUUCAAAGCUGCAAAAUUCGAAGAUCUUAAGGAUCAUGCAGGUUUUCCCAUCUCAAAAAUAAAGAUAAAGGAUGCUUUCCUAUUGUUGUUUUCUCCUAUGGAAAACGCCAAAGAAGACCUGAUGCCGUUAUGCAACCGCAAUCUAACUGCUUUAGAUAUGCAAAUGCUCAUUCACAUUCUAUACGUUCAUAUAUGGACCUCAACAUUCUGUAAUCCUUUGGUUUACUUACCCUCAACAUCUAUUCCUUCAAUCGUUGCACCUUUCAAACUCGCGAUACAAAAUUGGAAAUUUGUUUGGGAUGAUAUUAAAUCAGCGGUAGAUGCGGAUGAAUGGAAUAGGCUUGGGUUUGAGAGAACAGCGGAAACUUAUUAUACUGCGGUCAGAAGUAUCCUAGAGGUUUUUGAGACGAGGAAUGGAAAAUUUCCUCCUUUCCCUAGUGAUUGUGAGAAGGGUGCUCAUAUGAAAAGGCUUUUGAGUUUUUGAUUUGGUAUCAUGGAGAUUUAUAUAUAUAUAUAUUGGUUAUUCGGGUUUGGGAAUCGGAGUGAGUCGGAUUUGGUGGAAUGGAUGGUCGGAUGGAUGAUGGUGUUUUGGUUUUAUGGGAAGUGAUACUCAAAUGCAUAUUGGGAACACAUGGGAUUUGAUUCAAUGAACAUCUUUAUGGUAA